AUGGUCUUCAGCUGCUUAACAGUCAAUCCCAAUCAGCCACAUCCACUCAAAUGUAUCAGGCAAACAGGCUCAAACAGCAUUGAGGCUAUGCCACUAUCGAUGCAGUGUAUACCAUUGGCAGAUCCAGCCACACUGACAAAUUCCCAGUGCACAGAAACCGACAUACAUAAAUAUCGCGAGCAUCAGGCAUCAAUUCAACUCCGGGUUGCCAUGAAACUGGGAGCGGUAAAAACUGCCACUCAAGCUCAGAACGGCUUCCGGCCUGGUCCUGACGAGCUCGAUAACCUCCUUAUUAGAUUGCAAUACAGUGUCGGCAGCGAUAAAGGCAAAGUGUUGUUAUCACGGCCGUUGAUCAAAGUACGGCGGAAACCCAUAGGUGAAAAAUCUCAAGAAUGCCCGACAUGACUUGGAGCUGAAAGACGAAUCCAAAGGCCUACAGACAUAUCAGACUCUUAUCCCUAUUUAUUUGUAUCCAAUCCUAUGAGA